AUGAUGCCCUCUGCGAUCCCGUCAAACCACCGUGCGGCCCGUUGGAGAUGGAUAAUAUCGGUUUCUACUGUUCUGGCUGUGACAUUAGGUGCUGGUAUAACUAUAUGGCACGUUGCGCCAAGUGACACUAUUCCGGAGAAUGAUGGUGUUGCCGUAGGUGAAGUUCAGAGCUUAAGUUCGCUCGGAGAUGGAGAAGUUGCAACAGAAGUCACACCAAGGCCUCCUUCCACUCCACCGAUUCAAAAUGAUACUACUUGCACGUCCAAUUGCGGUGGUGAUGUAGAGGUUGUUGACCCUUCCAAGGCGAAAGUUUCUCCGAAAGUCCUAAGAAGGCCAAGUAAACCUGCGCUUCAAAAACCAGAGGCACAUGGCACUCCUCCACGUAAAGUUCUUACGCGAGUGGUGGAUGACCCUGAACACGUUAGUUUUGGUAAGCGUGUUCCAGCGGAUCGUUGCGUCGACCUUUUUGCCGAUGCAACGUCACAAACCACCGAUGUUGUGGAGGUACACAGGAUAUCCGCAACCCAUAUCUAUAUGAUGCCUAAAAAGGACAAUACUGUUUUUUGUGCCAUUUAUCUGGAUAAUAAGGAAAGGGCUAUUUUGAAAGAGCCUAGCACGCUUAAGACUGCAGUUUUGUUGAAAAAGAUGAAGAAGGGUAACAUUGUUACCAUCUACACGACUGACAAGAACAACCAGGUAUCCAUGAUUCAAAUGUUCAAGGGACCUGAUUCAUCAACUUAUAAGAUACAUGGUGAUUAUUGGCAACUGGCGAGAGAAGUUCUGCCUCACGAGCCUCCAAGAGCUGAGUUGUGA